CUUUGCAGACGCUCCCUGCGCCUCCCCCGCUCCAGGCUGCAGCGGCGCAGGCGCCAAGUCGAGCAGAGCGUGGAGCGGAGGGCGGGCAGCAGCGCUCCGGGCCGGGGUCCCGAGGGAGCAGAUCCUCCCAGCAUGGCCCUUGGUGCUACAGUCGUGGCAGGCUCUGGGCCGGGGCACCAAGGGGGCACUGGAUGACUCCCCAGUUCCGGGACCCUGCCAUCUAUGACUCCAGGUCUUCAGCACCUACCCACCGUGGUACAGCGCCCCGGGAUGCCGUCUGGAGCCCGAAUGCCCCACCAGGGGGCGCCCAUGGGCCCCCCGGGCUCCCCGUACAUGGGCAGCCCCGCCGUGCGACCCGGCCUGGCCCCCGCGGGCAUGGAGCCCGCCCGCAAGCGAGCAGCGCCCCCGCCCGGGCAGAGCCAGGCACAGGGCCAGGGCCAACCUGUGCCCACCGCUCCCGCGCGGAGCCGCAGUGCCAAGAGGAGGAAGAUGGCUGACAAAAUCCUCCCUCAAAGGAUUCGGGAGCUGGUCCCUGAGUCCCAGGCUUAUAUGGACCUCCUAGCAUUUGAGAGGAAACUGGAUCAAACCAUCAUGCGGAAGCGAGUGGACAUCCAGGAGGCCCUGAAGAGGCCCAUGAAGCAAAAGCGAAAGCUGCGCCUUUACAUCUCCAAUACCUUUAACCCGGCGAAGCCCGAUGCCGAAGAUUCUGAUGGCAGCAUUGCCUCCUGGGAGCUGCGAGUAGAGGGGAAGCUCUUGGAUGACGUACGUCCUGCCCCAGUCCCUGUCACUUUCCCACAGCCCAGUAAGCAGAAGAGGAAGUUUUCUUCCUUCUUCAAGAGUUUGGUCAUUGAGCUGGACAAAGACCUUUAUGGCCCCGACAACCACCUCGUUGAGUGGCACCGGACACCUACAACCCAGGAGACGGAUGGGUUCCAAGUGAAGAGGCCAGGGGACCUGAGUGUGCGUUGUACCCUGCUCCUUAUGCUGGACUAUCAGCCUCCCCAGUUCAAACUGGACCCCCGCUUAGCCCGGCUGCUGGGGCUGCAUACCCAGAGCCGCUCAGCCAUCGUCCAGGCGCUGUGGCAGUAUGUGAAGACCAACAGGCUUCAAGACUCCCAUGACAAGGAGUACAUCAAUGGAGACAAGUAUUUCCAGCAGAUCUUUGACUGUCCCCGCCUGAAGUUCUCCGAGAUUCCCCAGCGCCUCACAGCCCUGCUGCUGCCCCCUGACCCAAUUGUCAUCAAUCACGUCAUCAGCGUGGACCCAUCAGACCAGAAGAAGACAGCAUGCUAUGACAUUGAUGUGGAGGUAGAGGAGCCACUGAAGGGCCAGAUGAGCAGCUUCCUCCUGUCCACGGCCAACCAGCAGGAGAUCAGUGCUCUGGACAGUAAGAUCCAUGAGACGAUUGAGUCCAUAAAUCAGCUCAAGAUCCAAAGGGACUUCAUGCUAAGUUUCUCCAGAGACCCCAAAGGCUACGUCCAAGACCUGCUCCGCUCCCAGAGCCGUGAUCUCAAGGUGAUGACAGAUGUGGCUGGUAACCCUGAAGAGGAACGCCGCGCCGAGUUCUACCACCAGCCCUGGUCCCAGGAAGCUGUCAGCCGCUACUUCUACUGUAAGAUCCAGCAGCGCAGGCAGGAGCUGGAGCAAUCGCUGGUCGUGAGAAAUACCUAGGAGCCCGUGGACGAGCGUCACUGUGGACCAGCCAGACCUGCUGCCCGGCAUCGGCCCUGGGCUCUGGCCUCCCUGCCCUGCUGCCGUGGCGGGGGUGGGGAGGACUGGAUUAAAGGUCACUAAUCAGACA